AUGGUUCAUGUGCAUAAGGAAAGUCUUGUUUUUGGAAUGGCAGAAGUGGGCAGUAAAUCUGCACUGAAUGCUGCACAGUUUGUGGAUGAGAGUGCUGUAGAAAUAGACAUUGCAGAUGAUGAUGAUGUGGUUGAGCUGAGAGAGAUAAGAGUCGACAGUGUAAACACAUUAGACAGUUUGAGGCAUCAGAGAGGAGAUGAGCUCACUAAACACAAAGGCUUGCAGUUUGAGGCCACAGUUCCAGACCAGGUUGUUGAGAGUGAACUCAUCACACAUCCCGUGACAUCACAGCUGUUUCCGCAGACAGAAACACACCCAAACUUGAGCUUUCACAGACCUCACGAAGAUGUAAGGGAAAACAUGGGAAAUGUACAGAAAGUGCUGAAUGACUCCUCGACAGCAAAUGAUCACUUUGUGGGCGAGAGUGCAGUGGUUAUUGAUGUAGCAGACGAUGACAGUGUGGUUGUUAUAACUGAUGACAGUGAUAGUGAUGAGAACACUGAAAGAAGCCCAGACGUCUUGAAUUUACCGAAGAACACUUCUGGCAGUCACAACAAUGUUGUAUCAAAUUUGCAAGUGGAUUCCUCUUCUGAACAAGCUAGUUCGCCCACAACCACUUUUAGACAAUUAUCCACUGAUGUUGCAACAAUUUUAUUAGAUAAAAUGCCUCCGGUUUUUACCCCUCCCCAAGCUGCCAGAAAAUCUCGGUGGACAACAACCCCAGAAUCCUGCAAUGAGGAUUUGUUGCUUGAAUACAACCUGCAGCACUUGAAGACAGUCAUCAGUUCAGAUUCUGCUACCUCCCCAACGAUUAUGUUGUUUAAUGAAUCUGAUUUGGAGCAUUUGCAGAAGCCAUUCACUUGUGGUUGGAGACGAGAGCUAGUCUGUCGCAGACACAGUAAAGAUCGCAUAUGUGACGUUUACUAUAAAUCACCUGAAGGGAGAAAACUGAGAUCCAAGGUUGAGUUAUCUGCAUACUUGAAUUCUGUCACAAACUCUCCAGUAAAUUUGACUCACUUCACGUUCAAACGAGUACUUCUCUUUUAUCCACCAAUGGAAAGCGUCCGAUUGGCUUUCUCAAGGAGGUCACAAAAGCCAGCUGGCCAGAGCAGCAGUCCAGAGAAGAAGCCACAGGUUCGAGACCGUAGCUCUGCAGGACAUGUUCCCACUAAACACACGCCUACUGAACAUCUGUUUACUGACAGUACUGUUGGUGCUGAACAUCUGUUUACUGACAGUACUGUUGGUGCUACAGGUCCAUUAGAUUCUUUGUCUUCAGUGGCCACAAAAUCUUAUGUGGUUGGCCAGGAUGUAGCUCACAAGAUUGACAGAUUAUCUACUCCAAUGUUGAAUAUUCCAGAACCCUCGCUGUUGUCACAGUCAGAAAAUGUAACAUUGAACUCUGAGAGACCUAUAUUGGAUGUGGUGAAGAAACGGUACCGGAAGAGAAUGCAUGAAUCUUCUCCUGAAUAG